UACUUCUCUUCUCACUCCACUUUCCUCAACUCUUCAUUAUUUCUUCUCUCUCAUUAUCGUUCCACAUCUAACUUGACCUUCUAUAUUUAUUGCACUUGAUUUUUUCGAAAAUUCCUUGAAAUUUUGAAUUCAAAUUACAGAACAAAACCCAGUUGAUAGUUUUCUCAGAUGUUGAUGGAACCGAUCAAAGUUUUGAAAAGAAAAACAAAAUAUGAACACAAACAAAAACAGAGAAUAUGAACACACAAAAACAAAAACAAUAAAUACAUUUUUACAAAUCCACUACUGACACCACCUCGCUCCACAUAUCAGCCCACAUUACACUUCAAAAUACAAAAUUUAUCUCCCCGUUGAUUCCGGUGGUUUCUGUUAGUUUGGCAUCAUGCAGCAAACCCCAUUAAAGCCUUCCUUAUCUUCCUUCCAUUAUCCGUAAUUACCGCUACAUAAACACUCACUCUCUUCACACUAAACUCUAAAUUCUUUUCUAUCUUUAGCUGUCUUCUUCUUUUACAUAUAUUUAUAAAUUAAAACCCUUCAUUCCCAUCAAGGAUUCUUCUAUUUUUAGCCUCUUUUUCUUUAUAAGUACUCUUCACCUUUUUAUGCUUCUUCUUCAAACUCUUACUUUCGUUUUGACCCGGAUUCUUGACCAGGCAAUAUCUUUUUUUUUUUUCUAGUGAAUGCUGUAAUCAGAUGAUUCAGUAAUUUUGUUUAUUAUUAUUUUUCUAUGGGUUGUGUGAGCUCGAAGCAGGCAGUGUCAGUAACACCGGCGCUGGACCUGUCGGGCGGGUUACGAGGGGACGGGUGCGGGGAUAAUUCGGGUCGGAUCCGGAUCGGAAGUUGUAGAAGCGGUAGGGGCAAUGGUAGUAGUAAUAGGAAGAGCAAGGGGGAGUUUGGUAGUGGUGGUGGGGCGGUGGUGAGUUGUGGAGCGAGCGAGUUGGGUGAGUCGGGUAGGGCGAGCUCGAACAGCGAGUCACUGAGUUUUAGGCUUGGGAAUUUGCACAAGUAUAUCGAAGGUGAACAGGUCGCGGCUGGCUGGCCCGCUUGGCUCAGCGCCGUAGCCGGCGAAGCCAUCCAGGGUUGGGUCCCACUUCGGGCAGAUGCCUUUGAGAAAUUAGAAAAGAUUGGACAAGGUACAUAUAGUAGUGUGUUCCGAGCUCGAGACAUUGAAACUGGGAAGAUUGUUGCCUUGAAGAAGGUGAGGUUUGACAAUUUUGAGCCAGAGAGUGUUCGAUUUAUGGCUAGAGAGAUAAUGAUCCUACGCAGACUUGACCAUCCAAACAUUAUUAAGUUGGAGGGGUUAAUUACUUCAAGAUUAUCAUGCAGUAUAUACCUUGUAUUUGAAUACAUGGAACAUGACAUUACUGGGCUUUUAUCCUGCCCUGACAUCAAGUUCAGUGAAUCACAGAUCAAAUGCUACAUGAAGCAGUUAUUAUCUGGACUUGAGCAUUGUCACUCACGGGGUGUUAUGCAUCGUGACAUUAAAGGAUCAAAUCUCCUGGUAAAUAAUGAAGGAAUUCUGAAGGUGGCUGACUUUGGAUUGGCAAACUAUUGUACCUCUAAUCCCAGGCAACCCUUAACCAGUCGUGUUGUAACUUUGUGGUACCGUCCUCCUGAACUUUUACUCGGAUCCAAUGAUUAUGGAGCAUCUGUGGAUCUUUGGAGUGUUGGCUGUGUAUUUGCUGAACUUCUGACCGGGAAACCUAUCCUACAAGGGAGAACUGAGGUUGAACAACUACAUAAAAUUUUCAAGCUUUGUGGGUCUCCACCUGAUGAUUACUGGAAAAAAUCUAGACUUCCUCAUGCAACUCUAUUCAAACCACAACAUCCUUAUGAAAGUUGUCUUAGGGAGACCUUUAAAGAUUUGCCAACAGCCUCUGUGAACCUGAUUGGAACCUUGCUUUCUGUGGAGCCCUACAAGCGUGCCACUGCCUCUGCUGCUCUUACAUCUGAGUAUUUCACAACAAAGCCUUAUGCGUGUGAUCCAUCAAGUUUGCCUAUAUAUCCACCUAACAAAGAGAUUGAUGCAAAAAAUCGUGAAGAGGCACGGAGAAAAAAGAACAGUGGGAGAGUUCGUGGAACUGAAACAAGAAAACCAACACGAAAAUCUCAUGGAAUUAGUAAAUGGGCACCAGCAGAGGAUGCAGCAUCCCAGACUCAUUCUUCUCAAAAAAUUAAUGGUAAUAACGUGCAUAUUCUGAAAGAUGUGAUGUUAGGUGGGGAAGUCCGUAACCGUAAGCCAUCAGUGGAUGAGCGGGAAGAGGCUUCCCAUGUGAAGAAUGCAUCCCAUGGAGACAUUCCUUUUUCUGGUCCCUUACAAGUUUCUACAUCUAGUGGAUUUGCCUGGGCAAAAAGACGAAAAGAUGAUGCGUCCAUAAGAUCUCACUGUAGAUCUAUCUCAAGAACACAUAUUAUGAAUGCAUUGGAGCCCUCCGCUGCAUUGCAUGCAAGAAAUAAUUGUGAUUCGAAAAAGCACGAUAAUGGAGAUAUUUUAUAUAGUGGUCGUAAUGAUUCUAGAGGCCAUGAAUAUGAGAUUACCAAACCUGCUUUGCUUAAACAGUGGAGCCAACUUGAGCGUCCGGACUCUUUUGAUGCUUCUGAUGGAUACCAUUCACAGGAACUAUCGUUGGCACUUUACCAGAGGGAGGAAAUGGCAUCCAAGAGAAAUAAUUUGGGUUAUCAAGAUCAAGGGGACAAGGUUGAAUUUUCUGGACCCUUGCUAUCUCAGUCCAACAGAAUUGAUGAACUCUUAGAAAGACAUGAGCGCCACAUCCGUCAGGCAGUUCGAAAGUCUUGGUUCCAAAGAGGUAAGAAAACUGGAAAGUAAUUGUCAAAUGUGCUCAGCUCUAGGUAUGUAGAGAAGAGAAGAUACCUGAGACUGGUAAGAAUCUUAUACUGUUAAGAAGACCAAAUCAAGUAGGCUGCCAUACCCUGCAAUCAAACAUCAGUGAAAUGGCACAUAAGUUUUGUUGACAGAAGCACACACACCAGACCGGCAAAGGAGAAAAUAUGAUGGCUAUUACACAGCUAUAAAUAAAAGCAAAGAUGAAAAGGUUGGUCCGCGACAUGAAUACGUUGUCAAUUUUGAUUUAUGGUUUUUCCUCUGAUUAAUGUCUUCCCUCUUCUUUUUCCUAUUUUGAUCGGUGGUGUAUCCCUGUCUGCAUUGUAUAGAUCAGAGGCAAUUGAUCAUGUAUAUAUAUAAAUACGUUUGUGAUUCAUAAGACACCUGGUAUUGGCUUUC